UAAGACACAGUCAAAUCAUCCUAAAAAUAAUUGUUCCUUUUCUGAAGCAAGGUAUAAUAUAUCACAUAAACUCACCAAAACCUUAUGAAUUAUGCUUUUCCUUCCAUCAAUCCAAUCCCUUAAAUGGUCAUGUUUGCAGGAAGGCCAUCACCGUUAACAUGGCACUUUCAGGCCAUGCUAUACAGCUAACGUUACGCCCCAAAGCACGGGGAAGCCAUCGCCCUCCGCUAUUCCCACCACUCAAACCAUGGCGGCCCGAGCUACAAGCAUUCAAGAGAAGAGGGAUGAUGAAGAACAUACCUUUGCGCCUGGUAACAUCAGCAGCCAUUAGCAGUGGUUUUGGCACUGGAAAUGUCGGUUCGGAUUCUUCAUUGUUGCAGACAAUCAAGGCUUUCUACUACAGCAUCAACACAAAGGACUCGAAGAGCCUCAAAGUGCUCUUGUCUGAAGAUUGUUUCUUUGAUGACUUCUCCUUCCCCGCGCCAUUCCAAGGGAAAAAGGAAUCUUUAUAUUUUCUCGAGCAGUUAACCACAUGUAUGGGUCAGAACAUGGAAUUCAGUAUAGAUCAUAUUUGUGAAGGGGUGGACCAAACAGCUGUGGUAAACUGGCAUUUAGAAUGGAAGAAGAAGCAGGUUCCUUUCACUAGAGGUUGCAGCUACUAUGAAUUAUCAAGAGAAGGAGAACGUCUCGUCAUUAAGAAAGCUCAAGUUAUCAUCGAAUCACCAGUGAAACCGGGAGGCUUAGCUCUGACUAUGUUCAAGGCCAUAACUUCGCUUUUUGAUGCAUUCCCGGAUGCUACUGAGACUGUUACUAAAUAUAUACAAGACGGUUUUAGGGCCUAUGCUAAGCCCGGUUGUCUCGUGGUACAUCAAACUCAUGAAACUUACUGCUACCUUUCUCAACCUCGCGUUCAAGGUAGUGCAAUUCAUUGUAAAGAUUUUCAGCAAGUAAAAGACGACACUCACAGAGGUGCACGCAAUAUCUAUCUUAUUUAUUUAUCAUUAUCUCACAUUAAAAUACAAACCUUUCGAGGCUUCUCUACAUAUAUAUGGCCAUCGCUUCCAACUCGAUCUACUUUCAAGAUAGCAUUCCAUACCUAACAACAACAUAUAAGGACACAACAAC